CAGGAGCAGGUGGAGGUGGAGGCGGAAGCGGGGGAGGGGGAGGAGGAGGAUGAAGAAGAAGAGAUGGAGGAGUGUGUAAUGGAGUCGGCCAGCAACGAAUUGGACCUCCAAAAAAGCUAUUCUUUUGACGGCGGCCUCGCCAGUUCGGUCCAUUUUGGCGUUCCGCGCCAUUCUGCCCGAACCAGACCGGCUCGGGACGCACUCGUCUCCAGCAUCAUCGCCUCGGUCUCCGUGGACAAGCCGAUCCUGCCGACCACUUCGCCCGACUUCACCUUCACCAGGUAA